GAGCUAAGGUUAACGUUUGUGCAUUUUCUGUUUGAUUUCGUGCUCGCUCUGGCCACAAAAUACACAUCUCGAUGACACAAUACGUACAGUAUCAAAACUAAUUAGCUAACUACCGUAGUCAGCCAACCUAGAGCUAGCUGCAGAGGGAAAACAAUAAUCCAUACUAAUAUUUAACAAAUAUAUAGGGGGGCUGAUCGCUGAACUUUGGAAUGCGCUCUCAUAAACUCCAGAACAGUAAUGUUAAUAAGGGACGAUUUCUCACUCCCACGGUUAAUUUAAAAUUACGUCUGACAGCCAUGAAUACACUUGCCCCGGAGCGACUAGCGCAGAGACGGCUGGACCUUCGACUGUGCAAAGAACUUUCCAAAGAAACCGCCAUAGACACCCUGAAAAUUAGCCCUCAAAAGCAAGAAAGCAGGCUGCCCAUUGGUGCGAGGCCUCCCCAUGUGGCGCUCCCGGGGUUCGACAGCGAGUUCACCGGCCCUGAGUGCACCCUGCUGUCGCUCUCUGCAGCCGCUCCCUGUGGGGCCACCGGAGACACGGGCCAGCAGGCUCACAGGGUCCGGUCUCGCCGGGCCCCCCCCAGCGCCGACUCCUCGUGCGGUGCAGGUGACAGAAGGCAUUUCGUGGAGCACACUGCUCCCAGUUGCCCCCUCGCCUUCCGGUCUCGUGAGGACACUUCCAACCCUGAGCGCCUUGACAUGGACAGGCGUGGCCUGGAGCAGUGCCCCCUGCUAGAAGGGGAGGAGAGGCUACGGCUGCUGAACUUCCAGCACAACCUCAUCUCCCGCCUGGAGAACCUCUCCCACCUGCGCCGCCUCGUCUUCCUGGACCUGUACGACAACCGCGUGGUGGAGCUUUCCGGCAUUUCAGCCCUCACCUCACUGCGCGUGCUCAUGCUGGGCAAGAACAGGAUAAAGAGGAUUUGGAAUCUGGAGUCCCUGACAAAGCUGGAUGUUCUCGACUUGCACGCCAAUCAGAUUGCGCAGAUAGAGAACCUCUCCCACCUGGCGGAGCUGCGUGUGUUGAACCUGGCCGGGAACCUCAUCAGCAGGGUGGAGGGGCUGGAGGGCCUGGACUCCCUGACCGAGCUCAACCUGCGGCACAACCGCAUCUCCUACGUGACGGAGGUGGACCGGCUGCCCUUCCUGCAGCGCCUGUUCCUCAGCUGCAACUGCAUCGGCAGUUUCGAUGAGCUGGCCUGCCUGGGGGAGUCGUGCUCCCUCUCCGAGCUCACCCUGGAUGGGAACCCCGUGGCCCAGGAGACAUGGUACAGGCCCGCUGCCCUGCGCUGCAUGCUUCAACUGAAACAACUGGACAUGAGGCGCGUCACGGAGGAGGAGAGGCGCAUGGCGUGUGUUUUGGCCCGGAAAGACGACGAGAGAAAGCGCGAGAGCCACAAGCAAGCCGUCCACAAGGAGAAGCGUCGGCAGGCCAUCAGGAACGCAGCACAGCAGUGGGAGGUGCUGAAGCCCUGCCUGGAGCCGCCGGCACAGAAUGGCACCAAGGAGGAGGUCAGCCCUGAACACAGCCCCGCCCAGGCCAACGGACACCCACAGCCCCUCUCUCCCGAAGAGCUCAGGCGGGUGAGUCCUGUGGGAACCCCAGAGCGACCAGCAGGGAGCAGCGAGGGGAGAACACGCUCAUCCAGCCGCCCCGGCAGCCCCCGGUCCUCCGAGGCAGGGGGCGCCAGCGUGCAGAGCCUGUCCCUGUCUGACAGCCACCUGGCUGAGCUGGACGGGGACACGCUUCGGCUGUUCGGGCUGGGGGCGCUGGAGGCUCUGGAGCGGGGCUGGGGCGUGCAGACAGCGGGGGCCGUCACGGUCAUCACGUUCCGCUACAUCCCCUUCGACGCCAUCGUGCCAACACUGCCACGCAUUCGGGUCAAGUUCCCAAACCUAUCGCACCUGGUCUUUUUGGAGGCCAACAUCAGCCGGCUGCCGCAGCUAGCAGCUCUGGCCCAGGUGAGGCGCCUGGACCAGCUGACCAUCCAUCCCGAGGGGAACCCAGCGGUCAACCUGGCACUGUGGAGGCCCUUCGUCCUCUACCGGCUCAACCACUUCAACCUGCAGAAGAUCAACGGUCAGGAGGUGACCAUGAACGACGUUGUUGCAGCCGAGAGGCUCUUCGGCACCCUGGGCCACAUCGCCACCACGGAGACCCCGCACUGCCGCCUGCUGCUGCUCCUAGAAGAGUCUCGGAAGCGUCAGCUGCAGUUCCUUCUGGAGGGACGUGGGCGCCGGGCCGGUCUGAGUCCUGAGGAGCUGCGUGAGAACGGCAGGCUGCUGGGCGAGGGCCUGAGCAGAGCGCUCUUCAACUACCCCAGCCGGGACGCCAACUCAGAGGGCCCUGAGGAGGGCAGCGUGGAGGCGUCGGAGCGGGCAGAGGUCACCCAGCAGUACCUCCGGGGGCUGGUGCAGCGGGCGUCGGACACCAACGUGAAGGGCGAGUCCCUGCACAAGCUGUGGCCCUCCAUGUUUGUGGAGAUGGUGAGGGACUGUGUGCUGGAGAUGAGGGACCAGCCGGCCUACCGCCAGGCCUGCCUGAACAGACACGCUCGCGGCAAGUGAGCCGGGGAGGAGGGAAACGCUCCGCCCACGCGUUACACGCCCGACCGUCCUGCGACCGCCACACCCCCUCCGUCUCCCGAAGCAGACUAGUCUCGACUGAGCGGUCCUGAUGGUUUUCCACUGUUGCGCCACUCUUUUCCAAAAGGACCUGAAUCCACACCUCACAAAGGGGCCGCCUUUGAAAUGGCGGUCUACAGACUAAUACGUACCAGGACCUUCUGGUUGAAUGUUCAUAUACGCACAUACCGCUAUGGAACCUGUUUUUUUUUUUCGGUUCAGUCGCUAGCAAACUGCAUUUAGGAGGGUGAAGCUACGCUCCAGACCGACGGCGAGAUACUGAUGAUGCGUCUUCCCUUCAUGUAAUCCUCGACACAAGGCCCCCUUUCCCUGGCGUGUUGGAUUUCACUUCAGUUUUUUUAAUUUUUUUAAAUCUUUUUUAUUUUUAUUUUUAUUCUGAUUACCAGUGUACACUCUUCCAGUACAGAUGGGCUCGGGCUAGAAUAUAACUCUUUGCCAGAAGAGGACAAAUGGCAACAACGCAUUUUAGUUUCCCAAAACUGUAUGUUUUAUUUAGUGUUUGAGUCCUUUGUAAUUACCAGAUUAACUGAAUUAAAAUGAAAUGCCCUUUAAAAGA